GUUCCGGAGCUGUCAAACUACACACGUGGUUGGCGGAUUUGGGGUUUGUUUAUGUUGAGGAAAAACUGGUGUGAAAAAUGACUUCAGUCAAGUCGGAAAAGCGGAAAGGUGAUGCGGGAGAGGAGGUGCAGAAGAAGAGGCCACGGAAGGAUGCGGAGACGGAGGAGAGACAGCAGAGGAAGCCCUUCAAUGCGGGGAGGUUUCAAGGUGGCGGGGCCAGAGCGCCGCAUGGCCAGCGCUUUGUGCACCAGAAGAAGGACUGGAAGGUCUACAAGCAGCAGAAGAAGGAGCUGAAGGUCAAGAGGAAGGAGAAGCAGAAGAACAAGGACAUCAUGGAGAUCAUGAGUGAGGCGAAGAAGAUCUAUGAGGAAUUGAAAUGCAAAACUACAAAGGGAAGAGCAGAGAUUGCUGCGAAGCUGCACAAUAUGCUGAAGACCGGCGACAGAUACAGCAAAAUGGUGCUGGCUCAUGACACAGCCCGCGUUGUCCAGUGUCUCUUGAAAGUUGCCUCGCCGGAAAUCCGCGCAGAGAUCUUUGGGAAGUUGACUGAGAGUCUUCCAGCCAUGGCAAUGUCCAAAUACGCCCACUUCUGUGUCCUGGCGAUGCUGAAGCAUGGCUCUGCUGCGACUAGACUGCGUCUCAUUGAGGCUCUGUAUGGGAAUUACGUGAAACUCUGCAGUCACUCCUUUGGGCACACAAUCGUGGACUCCAUCUAUAUCACUUGGGCUACGGCGCAGCAGAAGUCGUGCAUGCGGCAGGAGUUCUACAGCGAUCUGUACAGGAAGGACAAGGACUCCACGGUGAAGUGUCUGGUGGACACGUUCAAGGAUGCGUCGCACAUGAAGAACAUCGUGCUGGGGAACUUGAAGCAGCACAUAAUGAAGGCGGUGAACAAGAAACUGGUGGACAACAGCCUCUUCCACGGAGUUCUGGUGGAGUAUCUCGCUGAGUGCUCCGAGGAGGACAGACUGGAGAUGGCCACUGCCUUCACGGGUCUCUUGGCGUCGCUAGCCAGCACGCGUGAGGGCACAAAGGCGGCGACACUGUGUUUCUGGUAUGGCACAGCCAAGGAGCGCCGCUCAGCGCUGAAACACCUCCGGGAACAUGUGGAGAAGGUGUGCGUGCACGAGUUUGGGUACUUCCUCAUCCUGGCCGUGCUGCACACAAUUGACGACACGAAAAUGCUGAAGAAGAUGCUGCUGGACACGAUUGUGGAGAAAGUGGAGGCGCUGGUGCAACACGAGGGCGGCCGGAAGGUUGUCGAGUGGGUGAUUCAGCCAGGAGAUACCAGUAAUUUCCAUCCUUCCUUCACCACGGCGCUCAACGAGGGUCUGAAGUACUCCAAGAAGGAUGCCAACAUUCGUCAAGCUGAGAUUCUCGAAGCCACUCAUGCAGAUUUGGUGGCUGCUGUGAUCAGUAACAGUGCCUUUUGGCUGUCAAACGGCCACAUUGCGCGCACAAUGGCGACUAUUCUGCUGGCCAAGGAGGAUGAGAAGACUGCUGAGGCAUUUCAAGGCAUCGCGAAGGUGAUAAGUGAUCCCUGUUGGAUGCUGAUGCCACAGCCGAAGCCAGAACCUGAGGAUGGGGAGGAGGAAGUGGAUGAGCUGAAGCCCAAGAAGAAAUUCAAGAAGGUGAAAAAUCCCUUGGAGAAGCCUCCAGUGCAGGAAGCUGAAGAAGCCCCCAAAGUGGGAGUGGAAGACGCCGGACUACACAUUGUGCUGAAGAAAUUGCUGAAAAAUCCAUCUUUUGCCGCGACUGUGCUGGAAAAUCUCACAGAAGACACGCUGGAAAAGUGGUUGCCUAUCAACCGAGGUUGCUUCCUGCUGGUGGAUCUGCUGAAGAGCGCUCCGGAGGCUGAGAAGUUGACUGGGAUGCUGCAGAAGUGCCGGGACGUGAUUGCGACUCACAAAUCCCCGGGGGCGAAAAUGUUGUUGGAAAAGAUUCAAUAGAACGCGAACUUCUGAAGAAAAUGCCAAGUGUUUUAGAGUGUUCUCAGGAUGACAUGGAGGCCAGAGUCGGUGUCCACGAUGCCGGACAAUUCGCCCACUUUCAGGGCAAACG